AUGAAUUUGAUAUUUCACGAUGAAUUGAUUUCAUCUCAAGAGUUGCAUCCUUUAUUGCGAUGCCCUCCAUACGACCUUACGUUGUCCGUUGCGGAAUUAACCACCCCGAAAACUCCAAAAGAGAGGCAAAUAAACGAUAAUUCAACCCGUGUUACGGAUCCUGAAGAGGAUGUGAUUAUUCCUAGACCACAUAAUGCUUUCAUAAUCUUUCGUAAUGAUUAUGCCGCAAGAAUGAAAACCUCUCCCGAAAAAAAAGUUUCUAUACGUUUAAUUUCUCAAAUGGCUUCCAACCAAUGGAAGCAACAAACCGACGCUGUCAAAUUGUUUUUUAAGAUAUUGGCUGACAUGUAUCAGCACAAGCAUAGAAUCCUUUAUCCUGAUUACAAAUAUUCGCCGAGAUUUAAUUCGGCUAGAAAAUCCAGGAGGAGGAAAAUUGCAAAAGCAAAAAAAGAUGACUUGAAAAACAAAAAGAAGGGUAGAAUAAUUACGUGGUAUAUCCACGAUAAUACUGAUAAAGAUCUCCAAACUGAUAAGAAGAAUGAUAAUUUUCGAUAUACGGACUUAAACAUCAGUAAUCCCCGAGAUACAAAGAUUGAAACUUUGGGUGAAUCCCCCUUUAAACAAAGGAAUUAUCCUCCGGCUACUUUCAUUAAUUAUACCGCGACACCAACCACCCCGUUAGUCCUUCAUUCGACCACCACAACCUGUUCACAACCAAUAUUGCCUCCAAUCAAUUUCCAUCCUUACGGUAUCAAUAAUGGGAAUUCCUUACCAUUCUACGAUAUUAUUAAUAAUAAUAUCAGUAAUGACAAUAACGAUAAUGGUAGCGAUAGCGCUUCAUCAUAUUAUGAUGACAAUGCGUUAUCUCCAAUGAGUUUCAUUCCAAUAGAACCAAUGGAAACCUUGUCUCCACGUUCUUCUCCUCCCUCCGAUGAAUGCUUGUUCUGGACGGAACAUCCUAAUAAUAAUGAAAGGGAGAUUCCAACAUCACCUUUCGGUACUUUAUUCGAUAACCAACCCAUUUUCGAUAUUUAA